CUUCACAGACAAGCCUCCCCUCCUCAGCAAGUCAACCGCCUUUCCACCUCCUCGCCACCGCCCCGUAGUGGGCUAGUGGCGUGACGCCUAGUCCUGCGCCGCUGCGCCUGCUAUAUACAAAGAGAGCCGCGCGGGUCUCUGCAGCAGCCAGCAAGGGACGGAGUGGAGCGGGGAGCACGCACGCGACGCGCAGUGCAGGCAGGCCGCAAGCAAAGGCGGGGCGAGCGGGAGGUGGAGCUAGCGUGACCUUGCUUCCGCCGCGGAGAAGAGCCGGGUGGUGCGCGUAGCAGCUGCUGCUGUUGAAGUCCGGCCAUGGCGGACCACCAGCGGAUCCACCCGGUCGACCUGGAGGCCGGCCGGAACCGCCCGACGGCACCGCUGGUGCCCGGCGGCUCGUUCCGGUCGGACAAGGGCGACCCGGCGCAGCGCGCCAACAACCAACAACAGCGGGGCCACGGCGGCUACGGGCACGGCCCGCUUCCCCCGCCGCCGCGCCGCGUGGCGCCGCCGGCGCCCCUUCCUCCGCCGAAGCGCCGCGGCCGCGGCUGCUGCUGCCGCUUCCUCUGCUGCGUCGUCGCCACCGCGGCCGUGCUGGCCGUCCUCGCCGCGGCGGCCGCGGCCGCGCUGUACCUGAUCUUCAAGCCCCAGGCGCCGCGGUACUCGGUGGACCGCCUGGCCGUGUCCGCGUUCCAGGUCGACCCGUCCACGCUCACGGCGCGGGCGGCGUUCGACGUGACGGUGACGGCGGCGAACCCGAACGCGCGCAUCGGCGUGUACUACGAGCGCGGGUCCAGCCUGAGCGUGUGGUACGGCCCGUACCCCCUGGCGCGGGGCGCGCUGCCGGCCUUCUACCAGGGCCGCCGCAACACCACGGUGCUGGCGCUCGCCAUGGCCGGGGAGGUGCAGCUGGCCAGCGCCGCCGUGUCCGGGAUGCGGGACGCGCAGCGGGACGGGGCCGUGCCGCUGGUGUUCCGCGCCGACGUGCCCGUGCGCGUCGAGCUGGGGAGCCUCAGGCUGUGGAAGGUCACCGCCAGGGUGCGCUGCGACCUCGUCGUCGACAGGAUCAUGGACGUCAGCAGCCCCAUCAAGAUCAAGGCCAGCAACUGCAAGUUCGGCUUCAAGCUGUGACUUGCGAUUCCGUUCGUGUUGCCGCGCUCCUAGAUUUCGUUGGGAUUCCUGUUGGGAAUCGGGAUUGGGAGAUAGAGUUGCUGCGUUCCGAUUGGAUUCUUUUGGGCAGAGUGCUCCUGGCGGUGUGGUUUUUGCACGUACACGUGCGCUCCAGCCCACCCCGUCGUGUUCAUCUUGUGUACAGAUUGUAGCAUACUGUAUCACAUUAUUACUGUUAGAGAGGAAUAAUACUGAUGGCCUUUCAGAGUUCAUUUCACCA